AUGCAACAAACUAGCUAAGCUUAGAUAUUCUUACAAAGAUACAAAAAAGAUACUAAAAGUUAGGAAAAUUAUAGGUGCUAAAAAUGUUUAAAAUUAGGUCAUUUUACAUAUGAAUGCUAAAACUAAGCAGCAUACGUUUAUCGUCCAUCAGCCACUAUGCAAUAUAAGAAUUAGGAGUUGAAGUAAACAUUUGAACCAGAAGCAGCUCCUAAAGGACCUACUGUAGUUUAUGAUAAGUAUAGAAGAGUGAGAAAGGAUAGUUUAGAUUUAGAGAAUAUAGAAAUCCCAUCACCAUCAUCUUCUUCUUCUUCAAGUUCCUCUUCUAGUUCAUCAAAUUCUUCUGAUGAAGAUAGCUCAAAUUCUGGUUCCUCUAAUUCAAGCGAAGGUUCAGAAAAAAGUGGUUCUUCUUCCUCCGCUUCUUCUUCAUCAUCAUAAUCUGAUAAUUCUGACAACGAUGGUAACUCCUCUGACUCAUCUAACGAAAAAGAAAAAAAGAAGAAUAAAAGUAAGAAAGAUAAGGGAGAAUCAAAAAAAAGUAAGCAAGAAAAUAAAGAUAAAUAGAAUGAUGACUCAAAACAAUUAGAUACAAAAAAAUCAAAAGAUAAAUCUAGAUCAAGAUCUAGAAGUCCAAAUAGCAGUAAAAAGAGCAAAGAUAGAUCAACUAAAUUAUAUAAAAGCUAAGAAAGAGAUAGUAAAAAAAAAGAUAGAGCUGAUUCACCUCAAAAAGAAUAAAAAAAAGAUAAGGAAACUGAUAGGAAAAAAGAAGACAAGUAUGAAAGAAGAGGAGAUGAUAAAUAUGAAAGAAGUAAAGAAGAAAAAUCAGAAAGAAGUAGAGAUGAUAAUCGUGAUUAUAAAGGUAGAGAUGAUAAAUAUAAAGAUGAAAAGUCAGAUAGAAGUAGAACAGAAAAGUAUGAAAAAAAUAGAGAUUAUAAGAGUGAUAGGUAUAGAGAUGAAAAAAGCGAUAAAAAUAGAGAGGACAGAACUGAAAGAAGUAAAAAAAGAAGUAAAAGUGGUUCUAGAGAUAGAAAUAAAGAAAGUAAAUACAAUGAUGAAAAUAAAUCAAGCAAUAAAGAUAAAAAAUCUUCUAGAAAUUGA